AUGAAGCACCACUUGAUGGUGGGAACAUGGACUCCCCCAGGAGCGAUCUUCACUUUCGAAUUCGACGAUGAGACUCUAAGUCUAAACAUGAUAAAGAGAACGGAAAUAAACCAUGACGAGCCUAUCUCAUGGAUGACUUUUGAUCAUGCAAAGAAGAACAUCUACGGAGCAGCCAUGAAGAAAUGGACUAGUUUCUCGAUCAAGAGCCCUACAGAAAUCAUACAAGAAGCCUCUCAUCCCAUGACACACGAACCCGAAGCCUCAAGUCCUACCACCAACACCCGCGCCAUCUUCGUCCUCGCCGCCAAACAACCCCCCUACGCCGUCUAUGGCAACCCCUUCUAUAACCACGCCGGGCACGGCAACGUCUUUUCCGUCACGCCUACUGGGGCCCUCUCUACCAACAUCCAAAACUAUCCGUACUCCCCCAGCACUGGAAUCCACGGCAUGGUCUUUGACGCCAGCGAGACCUACCUCUACUCAGCCGACUUACGUGCUAACAAGAUCUGGACACACCGGAAGAGCGAGGAUGGACAGUUGACACUGGUAGGGUGUGUGGAUGCGCCUGAUGCGGGGGAUCAUCCCAGAUGGGUGGCGCUAAAUGGGGCGUAUUUGUAUGUGUUGAUGGAGGCAGGGAAUAGGUUGGCGGUGUAUGUUAUUGAUGAGCAGACGAAGUGUCCUGUGUUUACGCAUAUUACGUAUCCGUUGAUUCCGCCUGGAAUCCCGAACCCAAAAACCAUGUACCGCUCCGACGUGUGCGUCCUCUCCCCCUCUAAAAAAUACCUCUACGCCACCUCGCGCGCCAACUCCUCCUCCCUAACCGGCUACAUCGCCGCCUUCUCUCUCGGUCCCCAAGGCAACAUCCUGCGGCAGAUCUGCCUGAACCCAACCCCAACGUCUGGUGGACACUCUAACGCAGUCAGCCCGUGCGAUUGGAGCGAUGAGUGGGUGGCGUUGACAGAUGACCAGGAGGGCUGGUUAGAGAUCUAUAGGUGGGAGGGAGAGUUUCUUGCGCGAGUGGCGCAUUGUGAUGUGAAAGAGCCCGGUUUUGGUAUGAAUGCUAUUUGGUAUGAUUAA